UCCCAGAAGCCUUUGAGGCAGACCUUGUGGGUCUGAAAGUGAAAACAAACUUUAGGACGAGGGGAAGGGAAGGAAAAGAAAGAGGAGGCAGAGAUACAGAGAGAGAGAGAGAGAGAGAGGCCACAUGUCUGGUUCCUCCUUUUGUUUCCGUCUUUUGGGGAAUAAGUGACUAAAGGCGCCAUGGAGGCUGCUCCUGGAGAGGAAGAGGAGAGGAAGAGGAGGAAGGAGGAGAAGGAAGAGGUCUCGGCCAUGGACGCCUAUCUCUUCUCUCAGGGACUGUACCGAAAAAGGGUGGCCAAGGACGGCUCCUGCCUCUUCAGAGCCGUCGCAGAGCAGGUUUUCCAUUCUCAGUCUCAGCAUCUUGACAUUCGGAUGGCCUGUAUAAACUAUCUGAGGAAGAACAGAGAGCAGUUUGAAGCGUUUAUAGAAGGAUCAUUUGAAGAAUAUUUGAAGAGUCUAGAAAAUCCACAGGAAUGGGUUGGACAAGUGGAAAUAAGUGCCCUUUCUCUAAUGUACAAAAAAGAUUUUAUAAUAUAUCAGGAACCACAUACCACUCCUUCGCAGGUUACUGAAAAUGGUUUUCCUGACAAGGUAUUGCUGUGUUUUUCAAAUGGCAGUCAUUAUGAUAUUGUCUAUCCUAUAGAAUAUACACUUAAUGCUGCUCUUUGCCAGUCUAUUCUCUAUGAACUGCUGUAUGAAAAAGUGUUUGAGAUCGACGUGAGUAACAUACUAGAAGAACUUUGCUCUCCUGAUGGGACAAAUGAUGGCAGCAGGAACAAUGAAGCAUCUGAUUCAGAGGAUGAAGAUGCAGAAAGAGAAUUGGCUGCAACAAGUCAUGCAAAUGGGAUUAAGCCAAUUGUGGGGAAGAAGCAGGUUAAAAAAGAUGGGAAAGCUAUCUCCAUUACCUUACCUAGAAAAGUUCUUAGGGCACUCAACGCAUCAGUUUACCAAAAUAUUGAAUAUGAAGAUUGGCAGCAAUCAAAACGAGAUCAGCAAAAACGAGAUUUUUCCAUUGCUGCUGGUAUGCAGUAUUCAGUUGGAGAUAAAUGUAAAGUGCGUUUAGAGCAUAAUGGAAGGUUUUAUAAUGCUCACAUCCAAGAGGUCCAGUCAGCAAAUGGGCCAGUUGUUGUCUUUGUAGAAGAACUUGGUGCCAAGCACUCAGUGCUGCUGAAGAACCUUAAACCACUUCCACAGGCAUCUCCUGUAGAAAGCUGGAACAUUGUGCCAGGGAAGAAGAUUAAAAAGCUGACUCCAGUGCAUGGGCAAAACAUCCAGACAGAUGCAGAUUGCAAAGCAUCAAAGAAUCCAAACAGGCCAAUCAAACCCGCAUCAGCUUUGCCUCCUCGACUUCAGGGGGCAAGGCAGCAUCACUUGUCCUGUCCUGGUAUGCAGCCCCAGCAGUCUUCUCUUGAGCGCAGAACUUCAGGCAGAAAUUCCUUACAGUCUGUAAGAAAGCCAGAAAGAGCACGUUCAGAGAGAACAGAAGAGUCAACAAAUAGAGAUGGUAACUAUUUUGGCCUUUCUCCAGAGGAACAUAAAGAGAAACAAGCCGUAGAAGAAAUGUAUGUACUUCAUGAAAUUCAGUUCCAGGAUGAAGAAGCCUUUCCUGCCCUUUCGAACCCAUCCAUGUCUCAGGUAGCUACUCAGACUACUGAAAACUCCGGAUGGAGAAAACACCAAGUUCCUAAUGGGCGGAGAACCAGCUGUCUGAAAAAAGAAAAGGAGGUGGGACAGUACGUGGAAACAAUGGAAGAAAAAGAGUCUAAUCCCAGACAGAUUCCCUUAGAUCAGAAGCUUGAGCCAAAAAUAUCAAAGAGCAAUGAUGAAGAUGUUGGAGAUGUGAGAGUGUCUCCUCUCUUGAGCCAGGGAGAUUCACAGUCACCAUCUCUUGAACAGAGCUUUCAGGAACACUUGCCAGGUGUGAAUCCUUCCCUGCCUUCAGCCUUUCCAGAGAUGCAUUUGCCUCCAACAGUGCCUUCUGUAUCAGCCAUUGUGCCAGCUUGGCCGAAUGAGCCAACAACCUGUGGACCAACAGGUGUUGCACCCACAGCACCUCUGUCAUCAGUGAUACCAGCUCCAGCCAAUGGACUAGAUUCCACUCUGCCCCCAGUCCAGUUGCCCUCUAGCCCAGUUGGUGGUAUUCCAGUACCACUUCAAGCAGUUAACCAGCCACUAAUGCCUAUGCCUCAAACACUGAAUCCUUUUCAGGAUCCAUUAUAUCCUGGGUUCCCUCUGAAUGAAAAGGGUGAACGAGUCAUUACACCUCCAUUCUCCUUGUGCAGCACAGGGGAGGAUCUCCCAAAUGAUAAAAAUAUCCUCAGAUUUUUCUUCAAUCUUGGUGUAAAGGCUUACAGUUGUCCCAUGUGGGUCCCGCACUCUUAUUUGUACCCUCUACAUCAGGCUUAUGUAACUGCCUGCAGAAUGUACCCAAAAGUGCCAGUGGCAGUGUAUUCUCACAACCCAUGGAUGCAAGAGUUACCUUUGACUCAGAAUGGAAAUGAUGCUCCACACACAGAUGGACACCUUCCUGUGCAGGGUGAAGUGGGAGUGAAUGGCCAGAGUGCACAUGCUGACACCCUGUCUCCAUCCAUGCCCCUCUUCAUACCUACUGCGCAAGUGCCUGAAAGCCAAGGACUUGUCUGUGUAGAGUCUGAGAAUCCCACACAUGCACUGCAUGUUGAAUACAACGAGUCAUUAGGAGGCAAAAACAUAUUCCCACAGCCUCCAUUUGGGCAGAAUCCAUUUUUAGGACCUGUUCCAGUUUUCCCUCCUGUUUGGUAUGGGUAUCCUGUUCAGGGCUAUGUUGAAAACUCUGUGGUGAGACAAGCUGCUGUACCAUCUGAGGAGAAGAGAACAAAUGUUGGCUUGCCUGAAGAACAGAGCUCUCCAGUUGCAUAUUCAGGAUAUGACAAGCCCCUUCCAAAGGAUAAGAAUGAAAGCAGUGUCCAAGGCCCACAUCUCCCUGAGGGGACUACAAAGAGUGAUAGUAAUGCCCUAAAUAAAACCUCAGCCAGAGUGCCUAGGGAGCAGCAGACGUCUGCUACCCCAUCCCUUACCCAAGCAAAAUCUGUACUCCAAAAACAUUCCACAGGAACACAGGACAGCAAGAGACUGAUGGCAUCAUCACCAAAAAAUGAACUGAAAAAUGCUGCUCUUGGACAUAAAAAAGCCAGUGUUGCUGGUAAUGUAUCAACAAACCUGGAAGAAAAUAGGGCACAAAGGCCAAGGGAAGAGAGUUCAGAAGAUGAAUGUGAAGUUUCUGAUAUGCUUCAAAGUGGCCGUUCAAAACAAUUUUAUAAUAAAACUUUUGGGGGUGGUAGAAGACCUAGAAGUGAAUGGAGCUAUUCUUCUGGAAGGGGUGGAUAUCAGUAUUCAAGAAAUGAGGAAUCCUGGAAGGGGUUUACUGCCAGAUAUAGAGAUGAAGGCACCCAGUAUCACCGCCAUUUUAGAGGGAGGCCAUAUCGGCAUGAGAGAAGAAGGUCAAAUAUGGGAGACAGUCAUCGUGGACAGCAGUUGUCUUAAGAACGAAAUCUACUGAUACAUUUCACACUUCGUGAAUACAUACAGUACCUGUGUUGACAGCUAAAAGAUUCCCAAAGGAAUGUACUUUUUCUGCUUUCUUUAAAAGACCAGAAUAUUCUUUCCUGAUCUCAGAGAAUGCCAUGUGUGGCCCAAGGGAAAUAGAAUCUCCCAAGUGUAUAACAUCUCAGCAAUUAAAAACACUAAAUUUGGUUUAUUAAGAUUUUGGAGGAUACAUAGCUGUUGUGUUUAAACAUUACUUACAGUACAGUUUGUUUUUGUUUUGGGAGUUCCUUUUUCCUUCACUAUUUUUAUUUGUGGUUAAAAGCAACACAGCUUCAAUAACCUGCAGCAACGGAGUAUUAUACAUGACAAUGAGGAAUGUUGCACCAAACAGAAUGUAUAUUGUAGCAUACUGUAUUUUGAGUCUAAACCAUUCUUUGCCUAUCUGGUGCUGUCCAGAUGUGUUAGACUUUACAUCUGGGUAGUCUAAAAUAUCUGGAGGGCACCAGAUAAGGGAAUGUUGGUUUAAACACUUACCUUCCUGGACUGAGGGUUUUUUGUUUGUUUGAUGUGCUUCCAAUCCAAAGGCCUUUUAUCUCAAAUAUUGUUGAAACUUGAAUGUGUGAUUGUCUCUUCCUGCUUCAAUGAAGACACCACAUAUGGCAGUCAGCUAUCCUGUGUCUUAAAUAGUUUCUAAUGUUUUAUUCAUAGGGGAAUAUAUUUUUUAAUUUUCUAAAGUCUUUCUUGAACUAGUCAAAGCAAUCAAGAGUAUCUGUGUGGAAGGUGGGGUAGGAAGCUCAGUGAAUUCCUCCAGUCAUAACACUGGCAUGACUUUAAUGUUGCCUAUGCCAACUGUGUAAAUAAGAUAAAGAGUAGAUGCUGUGCAUUUCUGAAAUAGUUUUGCAUCUGUUACAAUAGAACUUUUAAUAUACUUUUGCACUGACAAAUCCCUAAACACUUUCUCAAUGGGGGAGAGAUGCAUGAUAUAGAUUUGCGUUGCAUAUUUUAAAAAUAAAGCAUAUGCAGUGUACUAUUGUACAACCCUGCCCUUUUUUUUUGUCCUUUAGAAACUGAUUGUACUGUUUAUAAAAUACCCUGCAGAAACUUUUAUAGAGAUUGCUUACAUAUCAUAGAAUAGAAUAUUGUUUAACUUUUCAGUCAGUUUGGUUGCUUUUGUGUGUCGUGCAGAAUAUUGCACUCCCAACUUUUUUUCUCUGUAAAACUGAACUUUGUAUAUUUGUAUAUAUUGGUGUAAAAAAGGUGAAGGUUACUUUUUAUGUAUCCAAAAGAUUGUAUAACUUUUUGAUCAGGAGCCUUGAGUGAGACUUUAAUUUACUGUACUGUACUUCAGAUGCAUGCUAUGUAAUUAAAAAUGGUUGCCUUUGUUUGAUUUA